AUGGAUCCAGAUGGCGAUUCGCAGCCUACCCAGCAAGCGACCCAAAAUGUAGUCGAUCCCCGGCGCUUAGGCAAGCAGAACUCCGGCUUUUCUGACGACGACAUAUCCGACAUUGUCUGCCUCUUGCUCCCAUACUCAGACAGCGCCCGCCGAGAAGUUUCCAAAAUCGCUCUACGUAGCUCCAGACACAUGGUGGCAAGAGACGAUGCAGAUAAUGUGGACAUCGACUACGCUUUGGAGGACGAUGCUGAGAGGUUCGAGCUGACGCCGCGGUCGGCCGGCGAGCACGCCAUUGUCCUGAGGCUCUCAGCUGAUGUCAAGAAUCCUCUACAAGGCUUCACGUUCGGCAGGAAUGCGAGCAGAUGCGACAUAUGCUUCACCAACGACCCCCACAAGAGACUGAGCAACAUCCAUUUUCGCAUAUAUCUGAACGAGUAUGGCGUCCUCAUGCUCGAGGACCAGUCUACGAAUGGCACGAUAGUGGAUGGGACCCUUCUGCGGGCUAAAUCGAGACCGAGGGAAGAGACUAAAAGGACCCUAACGAGCGGGACGAAGAUUCAGAUCCUGAUGCAUGCUGAAGGUCUCGACCUUGAGUUCCUGGUGCGCAUACCCCGCCGCGAGGGUGAAUAUGAGCGGGCAUACCGUGAGAACUUGAUAUCGUACAUGCACCGGUUGCAGUCCAUGUAUAAUCGCGUCGGCCAAAUUGGAAAAGGUGCCUUUGCCACUGUCUACAAAGUCACCUCGAAAUUCGACGGAAAGCCUUAUGCGGCAAAAGAACUGGAUAAGCGCAAAUUCAUGAAGAACGGUGUGUUGGAUCAGAAGGUGGAGAAUGAGAUGAAUAUCAUGCAAAAGAUCGAACAUCCACACAUUGUCUCGUAUAUUGAGCAUCUUGACUGGGAUGACCGACUCUUCAUAAUUAUAAUGGAGUAUGUCCCUGCAGGUGACCUCGGCAGGUUCAUCACAGACCGUGGCCCGUUGCCCGAGAUAACGGUCAAAGAAAUGUCACGACAACUCAUUGAUGCACUUGGCUAUUUGCACACAAAUAACAUAACGCAUCGUGACGUCAAACCUGACAAUAUUCUCAUCCAGUCUCACCAGCCCUUCUAUGUUAAGCUCACGGAUUUUGGGCUAUCGAAGAUGGUGGAUAAUGAGCAGACAUUCCUCAGGACAUUUUGCGGAACACUGCUCUAUUGUGCACCUGAGGUGUACACCGAGUUUGCCGAGUACGACGAGUAUGGUCGACGACAUCCACGGAAUAAGCAUCGUCGCCAGCCGUAUGGCCAGCGGCCUUCCCCCGUAUCCUGUGAAGACUGGAAUUAG